AUGAGACAUAAGCGUGCCAAAGCAUACCGGAAGCUCAUGUCGCUGUAUGCGAUGUCUUUCGGAUUCCGACAACCAUACCAAGUUCUCGUGGACUCGCAUAUGGCGAAGGAAGCGAGCGCGCACAAGAUCGAGCUCGUGAAGCAGCUUGGCGUCGUUCUCCAAGGAACCGUUAAACCCAUGAUCACCCAAUGCUGCAUCCAAGAGCUCUACCUCGAAGAGAAAGACCACCCCGACGCCGUCGCGCUCGCGAAGACGUUCGAGCGGCGAAAAUGCAACCACCGCACGCCCAUACCCGGGGACGAGUGCCUCCGCAGUGUCGUCGCACCGCUACGCGCUCGCGACGCAUCCACGGACCUUCGCAGUGCGCUCCGCGCCAUCCCCGCCGUCCCGAUCGUGCACCUCAACCGCGCGGUGAUGAUUCUCGAACCCCCGAGCGACGCGACGCUCCACACGAAAGCCUUAGCGGAGGAGAACGCGCUACGCCCGAGCGAACCGGAGACACAAGCGUUGCAGAGUGCGGCACCUGCACCUGCGGAACCGCCACGCAAAAAGAAGGGUCCAAAAGGGCCAAACCCACUGAGCGUGAAGAAAAAGAAACCAAAGGUAGAUGCGGGUACAUCUUCGAAGCCCCAGUCUGAAACGAACAAUGCGGGCGAGAAGCGUAAACGCGAGGUGGAAGGUUUGGACGACGGGGAGCAGCAUACAGAAGGAUCAGGACAUCAGCGGAAACGAAGGCGACGGCAUGCGAAGUCGGAACCCAAGGCGGUCUAG